AUGGCCUUGGCGCGGCCAACGCACUUUGCGAACCCUAUUCUCCGCUUCUGCAGUAGCGGUAGCACCAUCAAGCCCAGCGCUGUCGCCAAGCCGACCAGCUUUGGCCGCUUCAAGGACCUCUGGAAGCAGUACGGCCUUGUGGCCGUGGGCACGUACUUGACGAUCUAUGGCAUCGUCCUGGGCUCCAUGUACGCGGCCAUCGAAACGGGCGUGCUCUCGACGAAGAAGGAAGUUCCGCGCAAGGAGGGCGAUGAGGCCUCGCAUGACGACGGCGAGUCGUCGCUCAACAUUCUCACGGCGACGAACCGCAUGAUGGACUGGACCAACGCGAUUGGCCUCGGUCAGUACCUGGACAUCCCCGAAGUCAACUCGAAGACGAGUGCGUUCUUGAUCGCUUGGCCGCUGCGCUUCGCCGUCACGCUCAUGGUCACGCCCCGCGUGGCCCGUAUUAUCCGCCGCUACCGCGCGUGA